AUGGCACCUGCAGCAACUGGAGGCAAGAAGCAGAAGAAGAAGUGGUCCAAGGGCAAGGUCAAGGACAAGGCCCAGCACGCCGUCGUUCUCGACAAGCAGACCAACGACAAGCUCCAGAAGGAUGUCCAGUCCUACCGCCUCAUCACCGUCGCUACCCUCGUCGAUCGCUUGAAGAUCAACGGCUCGCUCGCACGCAAGGCGCUUGCCGACCUCGAGGCCAACGGUCAGAUCAAGAAGGUUGUCGGACACUCAAAGCUCAGCAUCUACACACGAGCUAUCGGCGCCGAGGAGUAA